AAGCGUUUAACUAUAAGUCUCCGUUAAGCUUCAAAAUGCACGAGCGCUGAUUGGAGGAAAUAAACCAAGACUAAAUCUACAUAACUAGCCCUACGAUUCAACCCAUUAGCCGGGAGAUCAUUCAAUUACCUUGGUUUCGUCGGCACUUUGGGUGAGCCACGCGGGGCGUUACCAAUGUCGAUGGGAGUGGAUCGUGUCAAAAAGGUGUUCUUCUUUCACCUUCACAGUAUGAGCAUGUGUGCGUGAGACUUGGGCCUACUCUCCAUCAUGCGCACCUCAAGCUCUACGUUACGUGGCCUUCUUAGAUAUAAAGCACAUCAAUGGAAAACAUUACCAGGCGCAAGACACACUUAUGCGACCUCAAUUAAUCUCAAGGAUUACACCGUCGUCGACCAUCACUAUGACGCGAUAGUCAUUGGUGCUGGUGGUGCAGGCCUCAGGGCUGCUGUGGGUCUGGUUGAAGCUGGCAUGAAUACAGCAUGUAUAACAAAAUUGUUCCCAACUAGAUCACACACUGUAGCAGCGCAAGGAGGCAUUAACGCGGCGCUUGGAAAUAUCCAUCACGACGAUUGGCGAUGGCAUAUGUACGAUACUGUCAAAGGAUCAGAUUGGCUUGGCGACCAAGAUGCUAUCCAUUACAUGACGCGCGAGGCAGAGGAAGCAAUCAUUGAACUCGAGAGAUAUGGAAUGCCUUUCUCACGAACGUCAGAGGGUAAGAUCUAUCAGCGUGCUAUUGGAGGACAAAGUCAACAGUUCGGGACUGGAGGACAGGCUUAUCGAACAGCAUGUGUGUCAGACCGAACAGGGCAUGCUAUGCUGCACACUCUAUACGGUCAAUCAUUAAAGCAUGAUUGCAAGUUCUUCAUUGAGUAUUUCGCUCAGGACCUGAUGAUGAUUGACGGCAAGUGUGUUGGUGUGACUGCAAUGUCGAUGGAAGAUGGGACUUUCCAUCGCAUCUUCGCGAAGAAUACUGUGCUGGCUGCCGGAGGUUACGGUCGGGCAUACUUUAGCUGCACAAGUGCGCAUACUUCAACUGGAGACGGCACGGCUAUGGCAGCACGCGCAGGCUUACCUCUCCAGGACAUGGAAUUUGUGCAGUUCCAUCCAUCUGGUAUUUAUGGUGCCGGUGUGCUUAUCACAGAGGGCGCCCGAGGUGAGGGUGGUUUCCUCCUAAACAGCGAGGGAGAGCGGUUCAUGGAGCGAUAUGCUCCAACGGCGAAAGAUCUGGCCUCCCGAGACGUUGUAUCACGAUCUGAGAACCUCGAGAUUCUACAAGGCCGUGGCGUUGGACCAAAUAAAGAUCAUAUACAUUUGCAACUAUCCCAUCUUCCUAAGGAUAUCAUCAUGGAACGACUGCCUGGUAUUGCGGAGACAGCCGCUAUCUUUGCGGGCGUUGAUAUUACAAAACAGCCGAUUCCAAUUCUACCAACCGUGCAUUACUGCAUGGGUGGUAUUCCCACAAACUACAAAGGCGAAGUGCUCGACGUUUCAACUGACGGAUCUGAACAUGCCGUUCCGGGACUCUACGCAGUUGGCGAAGUCGCCUGCGUUAGUGUUCAUGGUGCCAAUCGUCUAGGCGCAAAUUCGCUGUUAGACAUUGUCGUAUUCGGGCGCGCCGCAGCAUUGGACAUUCAAGCAAAAUUCUCUCCGGGUGAAAAGCACGAACCAGCACCGAAGGACAUUGGAAAUGAUUCGUUGACGGACGUCCUAAAGUUCCUGAACGCUGACGGCAAGACCUUGACCGCAUCUCUCAGGGGUGAUAUGCAAACGAACAUGCAGGCUAACGCAGCCGUCUUCAGAACAGAAGAAUCACUAGCCACAGGCGUUGAGAAGCUGGAAAAGAUCUGUCACGAUUUCUCUGAAGAUGUGAACGUUCGGGACAAGUCUCUAAUCUGGAAUUCGGACUUGAUCGAGACACUGGAAACGCGGAACCUCCUGACUAAUGCAGCACAGACUGUGUCCUCAGCUCUAGAGCGACAGGAAAGCAGAGGAAGCCACGCCCGAGACGACUUUCCUGACCGGAUAGAUGAGAAGUGGAUGAAACACAGCUUGAGUUGGCAAAAGGACAUCACGGACAAAGUCCGACUUGGGACGAGAGCCGUACAGAUGAACACGCUUGAUCAGAGCGAGUGCGAACAUGUGCCACCAAAGAAGAGAUCCUACUAAUAGAGAAAUAUAUGACAGUAGAUUGUGGGCAAACAAAGGGUUCAUCUAACAAUCUAGUAGAUUCAAUAAAUAGCAUAUAUACGGAGCUUCGGAAUAGGAUUUGUAGGAUU